AUGGUUUUGAUACAAAAUUUUUUGCCGCUGUUUGCGUACACUUUGUUCUUCAACCAGCGGGCCGCCCUUGCUGAUGACAGCGUCCCAGAAUCCGAGCUUACUAUCGUCGGAACAUGGUCAUCCAAAUCCAACACAGUGUUCACAGGAUCAGGCUUUUAUGAUCCAGUGGACGAGCUAUUGAUUGAACCAGAUUUGCCUGGGAUCUCCUACUCUUUCACUGAUGACGGAUACUUUGAAGAGGCCCUUUACCAGGUUGCGGGAAAUGCGAAGGAUCAUCAUUGUCCCACAGCUGUUUUAAUUUUCCAACACGGUACCUACAGAGAGUUAGAUAACGGAACUCUCGUUUUGGAGCCAUAUGAUGUCGACGGAAGACAGCUUUUAUCGCAACCAUGCGAGGAUAAAGGGAUUUCAACCUAUUCUCGUUACAACCAAACAGAGGUGUUCCGUAACUAUGAAGUGUCCCUGAAUACGUACCACGGUCGUAUCCAGCUGCAGCUAUAUGCCAGUGAUGGUGUGAAACAGCCUCCCCUCUACUUAGCGUACAGACCUCCCAACAUGUUGCCUACGAUCGUACUAAACCCCACUGCAGCAAGUGAUGAGGCCCAAGCAACCGCCACUGGUGCCUCUGCCAAGAUAAAAAGAUCACUAGAGAACAGAUACAGGACCAACGCUGUCAAGGAAUCUUCUUUGAAUUACACUCUAUGGUGGUGGCUUGGGGCAAUUCUGAUGGGUGCUGGAUCCACCAUCUACUUCCUGUAUUAA